UGGUUCAUUCUGUGUUUUUGAGCUUUUUUUUUUUUUUUUUUUUUUGAUUUUUGAAUUUUUUGUUUUUGACUAAAGAAAAAAGAAAAGCUGACAGCGAGUAAAGGUUUUGAGGAUAUUUUGUAUUUUCUCUGAUUCUUUUGUUUGUUGAAUGGGAAUAACUUUCCGGGAAAAUUCCGGUCAUGGGAAAAUCGUUCAAGGAUUCACUCAAAGCUCUCGAAGCCGAUAUUCAGCAUGCCAAUACACUGGCUUUAGAUUAUCCAAGGGAGAAAGAUGGAGCACGCCUUCAGAUGAGACUAUGUUUUAGUUCGGUGGCACAAUUUUUCCUUUUUCUUGUCCAGUGGACUGAUUGUCAUCUUGCUGGAGCGCUUGGGUUGCUUAGAAUUCAUAUUUAUUUGACCUUUGCAGAUGGAAAAAGCACCAUGUCUAUUUAUGAAAGGAAAGCAAGCAUUAGAGAAUUUUAUGGGGUUAUAUUUCCUUCUCUGUUGCAACUUCAAAACGGCAUCACAGAUUUGGAGGACCGGAAACAGAAGGAGUUAUGUUCUAUCAGAUAUAAAAGAAACGAUGAGCUGGAAAGGGGUAAACUCACUGAAAUUGACAAAGAAAGAGAGGAAGAAUGUGGAAUUUGCAUGGAGGUGAACAGCAAAUUUGUAUUGCCAAACUGCGGCCACUCACUGUGUUUGAAGUGUUACCGUGAUUGGCAUGGGCGAUCUCAGUCAUGUCCAUUUUGUCGGGAUAGCCUCAAAAGAGUCAACUCAGGAGAUCUUUGGAUCUUUACAGAGAAGUGUGAUGUUGUUGAUUUGUCAACAAUCUUAAGAGAGAAUCGCAAAAGGUUAUUCCUAUAUAUUGAUAGGUUACCUCUUGUUGUUCCAGAUCCCAUAUAUGUUCCCUAUGAUUGUCAUGUACGGUGAGGCUUGUGUGCAGCUGGCUCCUUUUUACUGUGUACAUAAAAAGCCAGCCUGGUUGUAUAUAUAUAUUUCUAUAACAUUUAAACAGUAAUGCUUUCUGGCCAAGGUUUUGUUUGGCUUGCAUCAAUGAAAAUUCUACGGCAGAAAAGAGUGAGCUGUGGAGCAGAGAAUAUGUGAAUUGUGGUA